AGAUAGACAUGAUGAAGUUGAAGUCUAAGAAGUUUUGCAGAGGCAGCUUUAAGUUUGGAAAUGGAGGUGGCAACGUAAAAGCUGGUGAAAAGGGUGUCGGACAUAAUAAUACUACUACUAUUACUGAAAUCAAAUGGGAACUUAGACCUGGUGGGAUGCUCGUCCAAAAGCGGGAGACCGGUUCGAGCGUUGGGGAAGGUAUGAUCGUCGUUAGAGCAUCCACCGUUUCUCAAUGGCAUGAUAUCUCAAUCGAAGCAACUUCUACGUUCGGGGAGUUGAAGAUGAUAUUGUCAUUGGUGACGGGUUUGGAGCCAAGAGAGCAAAGGGUAUUGUUCAAAGGGAAAGAAAGGGAAGAUGAUGACUAUUUACACAUGGUUGGUGUUGGGAACAAAGACAAAGUGGUUUUACUACAAGAUCCAGCCAUUAAAGAGAUGAAGAAGCUUCAUAGAUCGAGAUCAACAAACCAAAAAAUUCCCACUGCUUAUCGCACCAUUAGUGUAUGACAGUCUACUCAUCAUAUUAUGAACUACAUCUCAGAUUGAUUAGGUUAGGGACUUGAUUGUAUCCAAACUACAUAGCUGAAUUUCAGUAUAA